AUGGCGGGAAGAGGGAUAAGAGACAUCGAUGGGAACGGAGGAGGCUCCAUCGUGAUUUCCUCCAUCUCACGUCGCAAAAAUGCAGCUCACCGCCUUCAGUUGAUUACAGCUACUGUACAAGUACGAAGGUACAGUAUUCGUGCCACACCGUAUCCAUUUUGCAAUUGCACCUACGUAUCAAGAAAGUACGCAACGCAUCCAUCAGUCGUCGUCUGUAAUCUCUGCCCUGCCUUUUUCUGUAGCCCUUGAGUUGCUUACAACAUUUGUGCUUAGGGUGACCCCACCGCGCCUUGCCCAAAAUCGCAAAAAGCAGACAGUUGUCCUCCGGUAAUUGGAUCUACUAUCUUUUAAUCAAGCCGCGCUUUGGGGGAGGUGGUGAUUCAGAGAUGAACCCCACCGCGCCUGUAACACGAUACAUCUAUUCAUAUUCAGGGUCACCCCAAUUAGGCUACAAGUAUGUCGUAGAAAUACAUUUGGCGCAAAGAAGCAA